AUGGAAGAUGAUCUUAAUCUAUUAGGUGAUCAAAAGCUAUCUGAAUUCAGUCUCUUAAUAUGCAAAUAUCCAAAAAGUUUGCACCAUUGGGAGAAUCUUUUGAAUCAUUUAUUGCUGAAGGCAUCACCUAUCUCAAAAUCUAUUAAUAAAGACCUUCUUCAGCUAGUACGAUCGACAUAUGAAUCAUUACUCUACCAGUUCCCCUUUUUGGAGAAUUAUCAUGUCGAAUACGGACUAUUGGAGUAUAAACUAGGGAAUUUUGGUAAGUUUCACGCUAUAUUCGAGAAUGCUCUUCAGUAUUUCAACAAUAGGUCAUUGUUAAUAUGGGUAGAAUACUUGAAGAUCUGCAAUAAAAUUAUGCCCAGUGAUAAGCAACUUUUCCAAAAAUAUGCCUUUGCGGAAUCCUACAUUGGAUUGCAUUUCUUCGGUGCUGAAUUUUGGCACAUGUAUCUUAACGAAAUAAAACUGCGAUGCAAGACACCGCAACAUUACAUUCGAACGUUAAGAAAAGUGAUAGAAAUACCGUUAUAUGAAUAUUCCAGUUUUUAUGAUUUGUGGCUACAAACCAUUGAAGAUGUUAAAGAUCUUUCACAAUUAAGGUUCUAUGCGGAAGAUAAAGAGCUAUGGAAAAAGUUGAAGAUAGACACACAAUUGAAUGGUCGCAGAGGCCCACAUUUGCAAGUCGCCAAGAAAGCUUUGAAGAAAGUUUCUAAAGAGUUAUUCCUUGUCGUACAGUAUGAAGUUAUGGAGAUAUAUGAAUUGUUUGAAAGUAAGAUCACCAAAAGAUACUACAUGUCUGCGGAAGAACUUAUUCCACACCAGGAAAUCAUCGUCUGGACGAAAUAUUUCGAAUAUAUCAGGGAAAAGAAAAUUUCAGACCUAAUCAAGCUUCAGUUUCAGCGAUCUGUGCUCCCUUUAGCUCAUUAUGACCAUAUAUGGUUGCAGUACGCCAACUAUUUAAUUGAUGAUUUGAACGAUUUCAUUGGUGCCAAAAACGUGAUGUUACAGGCUUUAUCCUACGUUCACAAGCGUUCCAGGAUUGUCACAAUGUUAUCCUCGGUUCUCAUUAGAUUAGGGCAGAUUUCAGAACUCCAUCAAUUAUAUGAUGAUAUUUCACUCGCAUUCUCAAAUGAUCUAACUACUUCCGAUGAUUUCGAAAUAUUCAUUGACUACAUACAAUUCAACUUGUUCUUGAGUUCUGCCAAUUCAAAAAGUCGCUUCAGUGGUUUAACAAACAACAUCGAAUUCUCCGACAAUUUACUGGAUGUAUUGAUGAAAAAGGCAAGUAAAGAAGAUGAUCAUAACAGACAAUACAUUUUAUUGAACAUGGUAAAUGAAAUGUACGAGCGUUUUCCGCGUGCUUUAGUUGAAACUAAAGUUUAUCAACACAUAAUCAAUAGCAAAUGGAAAUCGUUCCUGGAAAAUCCAAAGUUCUGGUACCUUUAUUGUUCUCUAGUAUGGUACGAUAAUAAUAUCACCUAUUUAAAGAGGCGGAAGCAUAUUAUAAAUGAUAUCAUUCCAUCUGCUGCAAAGUAUGGUAAGGCUGUUUUGUCUGAAGUAGAAUUGUUUAUUUCAAACUACUUGCCAGAUGAUAUGGAACUCUUUACUGAAGCCUACACAAAUCAGGGACAGAUGAAAGUUCCUAUUUAA